CUCCGGAGGAGGAUCCGGAUCCUGCCCCCAAACACUGCAGACCCCUUCUCAGGAAAAGAGGGAAGAGGAACACCCUGAUUGAUUAAACUCUCGGGUUUCCGUGCACUCUGCCACUGCCUACUCGGGCGGGUUUAAUUCGAUUUGCCGGUUGGCGUGCGUCGGCAGCCGGUCGGUCGCUGUGAGGUGCGGGUGACCCUACCACGGCUGCAAAAGCGCCAGCUACCGCGAUCUGGGGCUCCCGAUGGAAGAGGAGGUGGCUGCAGUUAGCGGCGAGUGGCAAGGGGCUGUGCAGAAGAGGAAGGCCUGGGCCAAAAGCAGAGACUCCUGGCAAGCGUCGGAGGCUGAGCGGCUCUCGCCAGAAGCAGCUGAACUGGCCCCGGAGCAAGAGAAUGCCGCUGAAAAGUUGCCCCCGGCUGCGGAAGGAGGAAACAUUCCAAAUGAAAAGAUUGCGAUAUGGCUUAAAGACUGCAGAACGCCUUUGGGAGCCUCCCUGGAUGAGCAGAGUAACCAGACUUUAAAGGGCAUGCUGGUGAGAAAUGGAGGAAGUUUUGAAGAUGACUUAUUCCUGGGAGCUGAAGCGAAUCAACUACAUCAAAGUGGUGAACAAAUGGAAAUCUGUAACGGUAUGUUGGCGAAGGACAAGAGACUUCAGUUUCAUCAGAAGGGGCGAAGCAUGAAUUCCACUGGCUCGGGGAAAAGCAGUGCAACUGUUUCAAGUGUGUCUGAACUACUGGAACUUUAUGAGGAGGAUCCUGAAGAGGUCCUCUACAACCUUGGAUUUGGCCGGGAUGAACCAGAUAUUGCUUCUAAAAUUCCGUCAAGGUUUUUCAAUUCAUCAUCCUUUGCCAGGGGGAUAGAUAUCAAAGUCUUUCUGAAUGCUCAGUUGCAGCGCAUGGAAGUGGAAAAUCCAAAUUUUGCUUUGACAAGUCGCUUUCGUCAAAUUGAAGUGCUUACUACUGUGGCCAAUGCAUUCUCUUCCUUGUAUUCCCAAGUUUCUGGCACUCCCUUGCAGAAAAUUGGAAGCAUGAAUUCAACAGCUUCCAGCAAAGAGGCAUCUAGCCCUCCUCCUCUAACCCGAAGCAACACUGCGAGUCGUUUAAUGAAGACCUUAUCUAAACUCAAUCUUUGUGGUAACCCUCAAGCAGGUGAAGGUGGCAGCUGUAUGUCGCCCUCAUCAGCGGAAAAGGGGAGAACUGAAAAUGGGGUUGAAGAAGCUGAGGUGAAAAAUGAAUCGAAAGCCCCCAAACAUUUUAAGGCAUCUUUGCUGGCUACAGUAAAAGAGGAGGCAUCUAGCCAUCAGCCCAGUAUUGUGGAUGUUCUAAAUGCUUCAGAAUGUUCUGCAGGGAUGCAAGCAGACAUGCCUCCUAAAGAUGAACAAAAUAAUGACUCUCUUGGUAGUUUAGAUGGACUACACGAGAAAGCUUCCAUGAUGGACUCUUCUAGUCUCGAGGCUCAUAGGCUAGUAUCAGCUAGUUGUGAGCUUGAAGGUAGCACUGAGAUGCAAACUCCUCCUACAUCAUCAACACCAGAUAGAGAACCUUGCUUUCCAAUAGCAAACCCAUCCAUCGUGAAUCUCAUGUUGCCACAGAAGGACUCGUUUGAGAUGGAAGAGAUUCAAAGCACAGAAGGAGAGAUUCCACAUGCCUCUAAUAUAUGUCAGCUGGCCUUAAUCAAAUCCAAAAAAGACCAGCUGUUGCGAUCUGCGAGUCAGCAUUCUGACAGCAGUGGCUUUGCAGAGGAUUCUUCCACAGACUGCUUUAUGCUAAGUCAGCUUCAGGCACACGAAUCAUUACAGGCCAUGGGAAGCAGUGCUGAUAGCUGUGACAGUGAGACAACAGUGACAUCCUACAGUGAAGAACAGAAAACACCAGUAGCUGAACAGUCCUAUUUUAAUGAGCUUGAUGAGGAGAAAUUUCUCCUCUCAGAAGCGGAGCAGCAGAAGAGGGAAAUGAUUUCUGAGGCUAACACUGGAGAAGGCCUGAAAAUUCUAGAAUGGAAAACCAGGCAAACUCAUGGUGCUAAACAGUUUGUCCAAGAAGACUUUAUUAGAAAAAAUGAACUUUCCUCACAGCAGGAAGAGUCUGAAGUAUUAGAGGAAGACAGUGAAGAGAGUGAUUUGGAUAAAAGCAGUGAGUGUGAAUUUCCUCAGUAUAACACUCAUCACAUCCUUAAAUCCAUGUCAUCUAUAGAAAGGAAUUCAUCCCCUUCCUCAGCAGAGCGAGUUAACAUCGCCUUGCAAAGGGCCCAGAGGAGGAUCAGUGGAUCAUCAGAUUCCAGAGCUGGGCGCACUCUUCUCAAAUCCAAAGACCUUCUUUUCAGGCAGAGACAUCGAAUUGCUGAGCUGGGUUACCCCCUGAGACGUUCCCAGUCCCUCCCAACCACACUACUAAACCCCGUGAGAGUUGUCUCCUCUGUGAAUGUCCAGCUAGGUCCAGGCAAGCAGACUUUGUGUAGCCCUCCUUCUUUUACUUACAAAUACGACACACCUGAAGAGGAUGGGAAAAAGGAAAACGAGGAGAAAUCCAUCAGCGAGGUCAAUGGCAGCCCUCCCAGGUGUAAAUCCACACUUUUCAUUGCUCCUUCAUCAGUUAGAAAAGAAGCUUCCCAGUCUGCAGUGAACAAGGUGGUGGAUGAACCAUAUCGGAACAGAAUACAGAGUUGCCCUCUGCACCUUCCCGCGCAUUUGUCUCAGUCGUCGUGUUCUCUGCAUUCUCUCCAUUCUGAUUGUCUAGAUCGGCCCUUAUGCACACACAUGAGAACAUUUAGCACACACAGCAUCCCAAGCACCCCUGGGUCCUCUUGCAGUGGUUUACCUUCUCCUUUUGGCUGUUCUUUCUCACCGAGGAACAUUGGACACACCCACCAGCCUCACUCAAUCAGUUCACCCUCCACUGUUGAAAUGCAGCUGCGUAGAGUCUUGCAUGAUAUCAGAAACUCGUUACAAAACCUUUCACGGAAUGCUGUGAUGAGAGGUCAUGAAAUUACUCCAGCCUCGUAUAGUUCUCAGAGAUCAUCCAUUUUACCUCUAUAUGAAAACACCUUCCAAGAUCUUCAAGUAGUGAGAAGGAAUCUAAAUCUCUUUAGAACACAAAUGAUGGAUUUGGAAUUGGCCAUGUUGCGCCAGCAGACAACCGUUUACCAGCACAUGACAGAAGAAGAGAGAUAUGAAGCUGAUCAGCUUCAGACUCUGAGAAAAUCUGUCCGUAUGGAGCUUCAGGAAUUAGAAAUGCAGUUAGAGGAACGUCUCCUCACUCUGGAAGAGCAGCUGAGGACUUUGCAUGUAUCUUCACCUUUCAGGCCACAAACAUUCAUGAGCAUGUAUGGAAGCAGAAGUACCGAUAACUUGUCGUGCCCUUCUCCCCUGAAUGUGAUGGAGCCGGUCUCCGAACUCAUUCGAGAGCAGUCAUUUCUCAAGUCAGAGUUGGGGCUGGGGCUGGGAGAACUUGGAAUAGAGACUCGCCCUGCAGAGGGCUCAGAAGCAGCUUUUGAGCAUGGAAAUUCAGAUUCUUCUUCAGUGUGUUCCAGUCAGGCCAGUAGAAAAACAGGGGCUCAUUCUUCGGAGAUGACAGGGAAGUCCAAGCCCCAAAGCACAAAAAUAUACCGGGCGUGUGUUGCCUUGAUGCCUUCCCCACCAACAAGAGCAGGGAUGGGGCAAGCCCCUGAUUACACUGAAGAGUGUGAAAAGCUGGAGGCAGAGGUAAAGCCUGAAAAGACUGCACCUGCACCUGCACCUGCAGCUGAGGAAACGCACAGAAGUGUGGAGGACGAUGAACUGCAGCAAGUCAUCCGAGAGAUAAAAGAAUCUAUAGUUGGUGAAAUCAGACGGGAAAUUGUAAGUGGACUGUUAGCAGCUGUCUCUGCCCCAAGCAGAUCGGCUAAUGCUAAGCAAGAAACGCAGCCAUGAAUUUCUACUACAGGUUGGCACAUGGUCCAGGGAUACUGUGGAGUCCUCCUUUGGAACGUGUAGAUGGAAGUGUUGGGCUGUUGGUACAGAGGACAGAAGUGAAGGCUACUGUAUACAAUCCUUUGUUGUAUGCUGCAUAACUUCCCACUUUGGGUCCCUUUGUUAUUAUCGAGACACUCUUCAUUUUACUACUGCCCAUGACUUAUCAAGAGAAUGAUGGCUAUCUUGCAAGCCUUAAUAUUUAUUUGUAUGUUCCUACUGUUGGUUUGUGCCGAGUUUUUAUUUCUCUGUAGAAGUAUUCCUCAUAAGACUUGAAGAUUUCUGGACCUAUCCUAAUUUUAAAUCGUCUAGGAAUGCCAGUCUAUUUUAUUUUAUUUUUUAAACCUACUGACCUCUGUGAGGUACUGAACUGUGCAAUAACUGAUCCACUCUAAGAGCUUGAAACAAGCAAUAACAAUUUCCACUGCUGUUACUUAGCGCCACUUCAAAAUAACAGAAUAUCCUGUUGUAAAAACUUGCUGUUAAAUCUUGGAAGAAGCUGUGGUUUGCAGUAUGUUUAGAGAAUUACAUGAACUUACCUAAAACUACUACAGAUGCUUACACUGAAAGCCUUAUCUUUGUGCAGUAGGUGCCUUUCCUUAACAAUGGCUUGCUUCUUUAAUAGUUCCUUUUUCCUUGUAUAUGCCUUGUAUUUAAAAAAAUGCCUUAAUAUAUAUAUGUAAUAACGACUACUUCACAGUUAUAUCAGGAGAUGGCCUCUUUCUCCUUUUGUUAAAACAAGUCUAUAAAACACUAGUUUUUGAAAAAAGUGGUGUAUAACUUGAGGUGGAUUGAUCACUUUUUUUUAUUAUAGAGAAAUUGAAAGGGAAUCCAGUUUCCCCUGUUCUCUGAAAUCUUAACUGUAGCCCAGGAAAAAUGGCAUUGAUCACAGCUGAUGAGACAGCUGGAGUUCUUAAUGUGUGGGGCUUUUUUGUCUAGGGGAUGCUGGAUUGUUGGUUGAAGUUUAAUGAUGGCUGAAUGCCACUGGGAUUCCUUUUUUCUUUUUUCUUUCAGCUAAUACAAAUUUUAAGAUUGUGUUGAAGGCAUAAUCAAUUACUAGUAAAACUACAAUAUUGUAUGGGGGAAGUCUCUGUCAAAGCUUUUAUAAGUGUGUUUGGAAUAAACGCAAGGGCUGAUUUCUUUUAAAAAAGGGCUGGUAUGCCAAUAAAAUAUUUAUUUUGCCUACAA